AAUGAAUCUCUUCAAGUAGAAAGUGACUUAUUAUUACGAUGAGGAAUUCGGUACCUUUAAUUAUUCAACAACUCACCCUAUGAAACCUUUAAGAGUAGCUAUCACAGAUGAUUUAGUUGGUCAUUAUGGACUUAAAUAAUAUAUGAAUUGUAUUGUAAGAUGUAUUCAUUUUUAGGUUUAGGAUCAAUCUUUUGUUCAAACUUAUAUUAAAAGAGUAGAUGAAGAUGUAUUGACUUAAUUUCAUUCGAAAGAAUAUAUUGAUUUAAUCAAAAUUAUUACUCCAGAAAAUAAAUGCCAACAUGAAGAUCAAUUAUAUAGAUGUAAAUGAAUAAAUAUUUAAAUAUAUAGUCAAUUUUAUGGAAGAUUGCCCAGUUUUGGAUAGGUUAUUUGAUUUUUGUUUAUGUCAAACUUCUGGAUCUGUUGGUGCUGCUUGUGUAAUAGCAGAUUAGAAGAGUAAUAUUGCUAUAAAUUGGAGUGGUGGAUUGCAUCACGCGAAAUAAAGUGAGGCAAGUGGAUUUUGUUAUGUUAAUGAUUGUGUAUUAGGAAUAUUAGAACUAUUAAAAACAUAUUAAAGAGUACUUUAUAUCGAUAUUGAUAUUCAUCAUGGAGAUGGAGUUGAAGAAGCAUUUUAUUUAACUGAUAGAGUUAUGACUUGUUCUUUUCAUAAAUUUAAAGAAUAUUUUCCUGGAACUGGGCAUAUUGAUGAUGUUGGACAUGAUAAAGGAAAAUAUUAUGCAGUUAAUUUUCCAUUGAAUGAAGGUUUAAAUGAUGAUUCUAUCUAAUUAAUAUUUAAACCUGUUAUCGAUAGCAUUAUGGAUAAUUUUAAACCAGAUGUUAUAAUGUUACAAGGAGGAACUGAUAGUCUAAGUGGAGAUCGUUUGGGAUGUUUUAAUUUAAGCAUCAAAGGUUAUUAUUCAAUAGUAUUACUUAGGCCAUGGGUCUUGUAUUGAAUAUCUGAAAAAAUUUAAUGUCCCUAUUAUAAUGGUAGGUGGUGGAGGAUAUACAUUAAGAAAUGUUCCACGUUGUUGGACCUAUGAAACUUCCUUAGCAUUAAAUGUACCAAUUCCUGAUAAUAUUCCUGAUGAAUCUGAUUAUAAGAUCUAUUUUGGCCCUGAAUAUAAAUUGCAUUUACCUAUUUCUAAUAUGGAAGAAUAGAAUUCAAAGGAAUAUUUAGAAAAAAAUAUGUAAUAAUGAUUGCCAUAUAAUAGAAUUUAGAUCUUAGAAAAUUUAAAAUAAAUAUAACCAGGUUGUGCAUAAAUAGAUCAUUAUGCUAUUGGAAAAGAGAGCAGAUAAAAAAUUGAUUAUUAGGAAUUAUUCUCUUCAUAUAAUGAUAAAAGAGAAGAAAUGUAAUUAGAAUAAAAUUAAGAUUAAUAAGAUUGA